AUGUUUCUACUGCAUGAGCGCUGGCACUACUCGCCACCCUCAAAGGCUGACCCUGAGGACCAGUGUGACCAAAACGUUCCAUCAAGUGAAAUACCCGAGAACAACCGAGAACCCAAAAAUACCUUUGAGCAGACAUCGGUCAUCUCUGUCUGUCUCUUGGACUUAAUACCUGCGAACAUGGCACGUGUGUACAUCAGACUGCUUUUUCUCACUUUCUACCUCAUCCAAACUAGAGCCAUGAUGAUGAGAAACGACGCCCUUAUCUCCAAAAUGGUCUCCAAUUUCCAAAAAGACAACACACUAACUAUUGAGUCUACACCUCGAGCGGAGAUGCAGCCACAACAACCGAAGAACGUUCUAUCUUUAAUGCAAAGUGUUCUGUGCAAAAACUUCCCAACCAUACCGUGUGAUUUGAUUGUGGAAGAUUCUACUUUAAGGACACUGAUUGAGAGGUCCAUUCAACAGUUAAAGUACAAGAAAAUGUCCAUGGAAAAGACAACGUCGAUCCCUGGCUACCAUCUAACGCUGUUCCCGACGAUUAACAGCGAAGAUCUGUCAAACUUUCUUCAAGUGAGUGAGACAGGAUAUUACAGCAGUAACAACGCAAGACCAGAGAAAAUAAGAGGACGGAAACAUAAGAAACAGAUAUCGAAAAAGCAAGUUGAAGAAAAAGUUUCUAAGAAAAGAAGUAGUAAAAACAAGGACAGCAUUCGAGCAUCCCACUACCCUGGACACAAGAACAUCAGAAAAUUUUAUCCUCACAAGAUAAAGUACAAGGACAAGUCCGCAAAAGCACAGAGGGAAGCUUAUAGGGAUUAUUCGGAGGAGAAACUGUCUAUGUCUGUUGAAGCCCCUGAGAUGAAUUCAGGAAGAAAAAGAAUGAGUUCUAACUACGACGUGGAGCCUUCGGACCCUCCGGUGUGGAGGAUAGACUAUAUGAAGCAUGGAGAGCCAAGUUUGAACAUGUUCGCGUACGAACCUGACAGACUUAACGAGAAGUUGGUGAAGACCGGCCCUAACGUGAUCGUGGCCGAGAGCAUGAUGGAACAAAGCCCUAGGAAAGAUGUUCUUCACCCCGAUGUGUACAUAAAAAAGAAUUUUAUAAGAAAAAACGUAAUCGCUAUGAACUCUGGCGGAAUAGAUUAG